ACAUUCGAAACUUGUCUCAACUUGUUUGUGACGCUUUAAUUUCAGCGCUAAAAUUUGUUGCUGUUCUUUAAAUUUUCUCUGAAUUUACCAAAUAAAAAGUAUUAAACAAGUCUCUGUUACCUUAUUUCUAAUCUCCAGUUGUUGUCAAUACUGUUAUAUGAAAUAAACUCAACUUUUAUCAGGAUAAAAGUGAAAGUUUAAAAGCGGCAUAAAAAACUCAUAAUGGAGGAUCUUCCUUACAAAAUUGAAUACGCAAAAACUGGACGAGCAGGCUGCAGAAAAUGUAAAUGUAAGAUUGAUCAAGGAGAAUUGAGAAUUGCUGCUAUGAUUCAAUCAUUCCAUCAUGACGGAAAAGAUCCUCAUUGGUUUCAUUCAAGCUGUUUCUUUGAAAAGCAUCGUCCAAAAACAGUCGAUGACAUUGAUCACUUUGAAUCAAUUCGUUAUGAAGACCAAGAAAUUGUUCGCAAAAACAUUGGGAAGUUAAAUGAAAUUUUACUUCCGGAAACAAGUUCAAAAAAGAAGGGAAAAGCUGGAAAGAAAAGAGCUGCAGAAAAUAUCGAGAAUAACAUUGUUCUUAAGGAUUUCGGCAUUGAAUAUUCCAGAUCAAGUCGUGCUGCAUGUGUUGGAUGUCAAAAUAAAAUCAUGGUUGAUGACAUUCGUAUAAAGCGCACUGUUUACGACACAGAAGUAGGAGCAAAGUUUGGAGGACAACCGUUAUGGCAUCAUCUUGAUUGCUUUGUUUCUAUCAGAGGAGACUACGGAUAUUAUUUAGGUGGGGAAUCGCUUCCAGGUUUCAGCGAUUUGUCAGCUCCAGACAGAAAAAAAGUCAAAAGUGCUUUACAAGCAAUCACAAUUGAUGAAACAAUGGCCAAAAAAUUAAAAGGAGAACCAAAGGAUGAAGUUGAUGAAGCAAUGGACGGCUUAGAAGAAGAAAUGAAGAAGCAAAACAAAAAAUUAUAUAAAGUUCGUGAUAAACUUCAAGAACUUUGCACCAAAAGCCAGUUACAGGAUAUUCUUUUCAAAAAUGGAUCUGGAAUGGUCGAAGGAAAAGACGGUUUGCUAGAUCGUUGCGCAGACUUUCUCACAUUUGGAGCUGUUUCUAAAUGUGAAAAAUGUAUGAAAGGCGAUUUAAUUUUCACGAAAGGAGGAUAUCGUUGUAAUGGGAAAUCAGAUGAAUGGCUUGAAUGUGGAAAUUUCGUUGAGAAGCCUAAAAGAACAAAAAGUAAGAUUCCUUCAUCUUUGACUGGAAAAAAUAACGACGAAUUUUUCACAAAAUAUCGCUCAAAGAUUGAAGAUCGUGCUAUCAAGCCAUAUGUGAAGAAGCCAAAGAAGGAAGAAACAUCAACAAAAGCUAAAGUAGAACGUGAACGAGAACCUCUUUACGGCAUGCAUUUUGUGGUUGUUGGAAAGCUUUCAAAAGAGAAAAACGACUUGACGUAUUUGGUGAAAACUUUGGGUGGAAAAAUCAGCGCAUCAGUUCAUGAUAAAAUCGCAGCAAUUAUAAGUAAUGUUGACGAAGUUAGUAAGAUGAGUUCAAAGAUCAAAAAGGCAAAAGAAUUGGAUGUUCAAGUUGUUCCAGUUGAGUUUCUUGAUGCUGUCAAAGGAGGAAAACGAACAGAAACUUUUGAAAAGAUCAAAACAAUGUCAAUUUGCAGUUGGGGAAGUGAUCCGAUGACAAGAAUCCCACAAGAAGAAGUGAAUGAAGUCAAAGAAUCGUUGUACACAAAGAAUACAAAGAAAGUUGCAAACAUGGUGGUUAAGAAUGGAGCUGCAGUUGAUCCACAAUCUGGUGUUGAUGACAUCGCUCAUGUUUACCGCUUUGAUAAUGUUCUUUACACGAGUGUCUUGUCUUUGACUGACAUCAGUAAGAACAAGAAUUCCUAUUACAAGGUUCAAGUGCUUGAAGCAGAUAAAGGUGGAAGAUAUUGGCUGUUCAGAGCUUGGGGACGGAUUGGCACGAAAAUUGGUGAACAUAAACUCGAAAGUUUUCCAUCAGCUUCAUCAGCAUGCGAAAGAUUUGAGGGCUUAUUCGAGGAGAAGACAGGAAACACAUUUGGAAGCAAAUCUUUUGUGAAGAAGCAUGGAUUGUAUUAUCCAGUUGAAGUUGAUUAUGAUGACGGGAGUAAAGCAGCUAAAGUCAAUGAAUUGUCUAAAAUUCCAUCGAAACUACCGAAACCAACACAAGAUCUUAUCAAUAUGUUGUUUGAUGUUAAUCUGAUGAAGCAAACGAUGAUGGAAUUUGAACUGGAUUUGGAGAAAAUGCCAUUGGGUCGAUUAAGUAAGAAACAGCUUCAUGAUGCUUAUCAAACUUUGAAAGAUUUAAACGAUCUUGUUGUUCGUGGUGCUGGAAGUGAAGAAUUCGUUGGAUUGUCAAAUAAAUUCUUCACACUUGUGCCACAUAACUUUGGAAUGGAACGUGCACCUGUCAUUGACACAUUGGAAAUGAUUCAAAAUAAACGUGAAAUUUUGGAUAAUUUAAUUGAAGUUGAAAUUGCUUAUUCAAUGUUACAAGAACAAUCUGAUGAGAAGAUCAAUCCAAUCGAUGCACAUUACGGACAGUUGAAGACAGAGAUGAAGCCAAUUGAUCAUAAAUCAGACGAAUUCAAGUUGAUUAAUGAUUAUGUUCAGAACACUCAUGCAGAAACUCACAACGCUUAUGCUUUGGAAGUCAUGGAUGUCUUUAAAGUUAAUCGUCAAGGUGAAUCGCGUCGUUACAAGCCGUUCAAAAAGCUCCACAAUCGUCAGUUGUUGUGGCAUGGUUCGCGAUUAACAAAUUAUGUUGGAAUUUUGUCUCAUGGAUUGAAAAUUGCACCACCAGAAGCUCCUGUCACUGGUUACAUGUUUGGAAAAGGAAUUUACUUCGCUGACAUGGUCUCGAAGUCAGCAAACUAUUGUUGCACGAAUUCAAGCAACGACGUUGGGCUGAUGCUUUUAAGUGAAGUCGCUUUGGGAGAUUCACUCGAACUUACAAGAUCUUCUUAUGUUGAAAGCUUACCGAGCGGAAAACAUUCGACGAAAGGUAUGGGAACAACAUUCCCUGACCCCCAACAAGCUCACACUCGUUCCGAUGGUGUCGUUGUUCCAAUGGGAAAACCUGUCACUGACAAAAAACUCCAAUCAAGCUUACUUUACAACGAAUACAUUGUUUAUGAAGUUGCACAAGUCAACGUUCAGUAUUUGUUGAAGAUGAAAUUCAAUUACAAUAAGCGACGUCGUUAAUUUCUUUCAUUUUCCUCAUUUCUUUUGAUUCUUUCUCGAUUAUCGAAUCUUUGAUUGAAAAACUUAACAUUUUUAAUUAUUUUUUUUGUUGGCUAUUGAAAAGCAUAACUUCUUUGAUACUUUUAUUUCAUUCCUCAUUAUUUUCAUUUAUUCUUAUUAAUAAAAUUGAUAAAAUCUAAAA